AUGGUGACACGAGACAGCCUAGGUAUCGCUGACCCAGUCACUUGGCCGGAGUAUCUCGACCUAUGCCUCCAGUUGGAAUUGAAGUUCAGGGCUGACAAGGCAGGACAACCUGAAACCACAACCACCUCAUUGGCACCUCAUCCCAAGAAAGAUCCUGAUGCAAUGAUGGCAAUGGUUGUGGAUCGAGUAUCCACCCUCACCAAAGAGCAAGAAGGAUGGCUGGAAAAGAAGUUGUGCGUACGAUGUGGGAAACACCCCUUCAUAUUUAAACAGCGUUGCCCAGACCCCAAGUACAAAGGCAAAUUUGAAAUGCCAAAGCGGGGCCAAGCUACAAGGGCAAUUUCUUCAAUGGACACAAAUUCCAGCAUCUCUGACGACAGCAAGGCGAGAUACGAAGCGGUCCGUGCUUUCAUUGCCAGCUAUGACGUGAAGGGAAAGGAAAAGGAGGCAGAACCGGAACCAGCUGUCGAAGCGGCUAGGAUCACGGAGGUAGAAGAUGAUGAGGAUUUUCUUCGGCGGGUUCUCUGA